GUCUGUUUCCACACUGUAUUCCUCGCAGGAGUGAAACAAAAGCCGCCGAGAGCCUACUUUUUGGAGUCUUCCUGAAGGGGAGAAAAUGAUUGCACGUUUCCUUGGUGACUGAUCUCCACGAACAACAGAUUUCAACCUGUGGAUACUGCGUGGCGUGCGCCAGUUUCCAGCCAUAGGGAUUCGGGACGCUCUCCCCUCUAGCCGGCUGCGUGCUUGAUUGUUUCCCGGCGUCGGUCUGUGGCGCGCUGUGUGGUCCAGUGUCUCGUUUAUGAAUGGCCCUGACAUGGAGGAAAUUCCGUUUCAGAAAGUCAAAACCCGGCGGAAGAAAAGCCACUGUCCACCCGGCGUCCCUCUGACUACCAUUGCAUGCGAAGACGAGUUCGACUGUAAGGAGCUGGAGUCUCUGUUCCAGAACUACAACCUAAAGCUGGAGCAGACGUCCACUCUCAAAGCCCUGGCGGUGCUCAUCAUCAUGGCAUCGACGCUGGCGGUGGUGGAGUUGCUUUCCGGGCCCAAUCUGACCAUCCCCAAGGGGUCCCAUCCUGUCCACUGUAUCGUCUUCGUAUCCCUCUUCAUUGUCACCAACGUCAAAUACCUACAGGUUACCCAGCUCCAGCAGAUCGUCAACCUGACCUUGCUCUUCGCCUUCACCUUCUCGUUCCUCUGCUGUCCCUUCUCUCUCGGAGCCGUGGGGCUGGAGCCCCCGACCAACCCGGAGCAGGGCAUGUGGCAGCUCAUGCUGGUUACAUUCGUCGCCUACUCACUCUUGCCCGUGCGGACUCUGUUAGCAGUAGUGUUUGGAAUAAUGAUUGCCAUCUCUCAUGUAAUUGUGACAGCGACCUCGGUGACAGUCAAGACGCAGAAAUUAUGGAGAACGCUGGUGGCCAACACAGUGCUGUUUACCAGUGUGAACCUGUCUGGAUUGUUUGUGCGCAUCCUGACUGAGCGAGCCCAAAGGAAGGCUUUCCUACAGGCACGCAACUGCAUCGAGGAGAGGCUACGCAUGGAGGACGAGAAUGAGAAACAGGAGCGCCUUCUGAUGAGUUUGUUGCCAAGGAACGUGGCAAUGGAGAUGAAAGAAGAUUUCCUGAAGCCUCCUGAAAGGAUCUUCCACAAGAUCUACAUCCAACGCCAUGACAACGUCAGUAUCCUGUUUGCUGAUAUCGUGGGGUUCACCAGUCUGGCGUCCCAGUGUACAGCCCAGGAACUGGUCAAACUACUCAACGAGCUCUUUGGGAAGUUUGAUGAGCUGGCCACAGAGAACCACUGUAGGCGUAUAAAGAUCCUGGGAGACUGUUACUACUGUGUGUCAGGUCUGACACAGCCCAAGACUGACCACGCUCACUGCUGCGUGGAGAUGGGCCUGGACAUGAUCGACACCAUCACGUCGGUAGCGGAGGCCACCGAGGUGAAUCUGAACAUGCGUGUGGGUCUCCACACGGGCCGGGUGCUGUGUGGGGUCCUGGGACUGAGGAAGUGGCAGUAUGACGUGUGGUCCAACGAUGUCACACUGGCCAACGUGAUGGAGGCAGGGGGACUGCCUGGGAAGGUCCACAUCACCAAGGCGACCCUGGACUCCCUGAAUGGAGACUAUGAGGUUGAACCAGGCAACGGUCAUGAGAGAAAUGCCUUCCUCCUCAAACACCAGAUCGAGACCUUCUUCAUUGUGCCAACUCACCGACGGAAGAUAUUCCCAGGAUUGAUUCUUUCGGAUAUAAAACCUGCCAAAAAGAUGAAGUUUAAGACGGUGUGCUACUUGCUGGUGCAGCUCAUGCACUGUAGGAAGAUGUUCAAGGCCGAGAUACCUUUCUCAAACGCCAUGAACUGUGAGGAUGGUGACAAGCGGAGGGCCCUGCGGACGGCUCCAGAUAAACUGCGGAACCGGACUUCGGUGUCAGCUAACGUGAGCCAGGCCAGCCCGGGCACACGGGUCAACCGCUACAUUGGUCGUCUGAUCGAGGCGAGGCAGACAGAGUCGGACACAGCUGACCUCAACUUCCUUACACUCAUGUACAAGUGCUCUGAGCGCGAGCAGAGGUACCACCAGCUACAUGAUGAGUACUUCUCCAGCGCUGUUGUCCUCUCUCUAAUCCUAGCUGCCUUGUUCGGCCUUGUCUACUUUCUCAUCAUCCCACAGGGAACAGUGGUUCUGGUCCUACUGGUCACCUGCAUCUGUUUCCUAGUAGUUUGUAUCAUGUACCUGCAUGUCACUAAAUUACAGUGUUUUCCAGGGUGCCUCACUAUUCAGAUCCGUACUGUUCUGUGUGUUCUCAUAGUGCUCUUAAUCUAUGCUGUAGCCCAGGCCUGUGUGGUGGGCUGCAUGCCGUGGCUGUGGGGUAGUCCUCACCACUCCAACAGCUCCAUUGUCAACAUGGAUACAGCAGGCCCGCUACGCAGCUUCAACCGUACUUUGAUGGAGCUGCCAUGUGACGGUGCCCGCUACGCUUUCUUGUCAUGCGUUGUGGGCACGCUGACACUGGCGCUCUUCCUGCGCGUAUCCUGGAUGCCAAAGAUGGCACUGUUGCUCCUCCUGGGGGUGCUGUAUGUCACUGUGCUGGAGCUCAGCGGAUUCAGACGCACCGCGAGUGGGGGGUCUAAUCUCCAGAUCCGGGGAUAUGAGCCCAUCCUAUCCCUGCUGCUGUUCACCAGUGCCCUGGCCCUCCACUCCAGACAACUGGACCUCAAACUACGACUGGAUUUUCUUUGGGCCACACAGGCAGAGGAGGAGAGGGAUGGCAUGGAGAAGGUCAAGCUGGACAACAGGCGGAUUCUUUUCAACCUGCUUCCUGCUCACGUGGCUCAACACUUCCUCCUGUCCAACCCCAGAAACAUGGAUCUGUAUUACCAGUCCUAUGCCCAAGUCGGAGUGCUGUUUGCUUCCAUCCCCAACUUCAAUGACUUCUACAUUGAGCUGGAUGGGAACAACAUGGGAGUAGAGUGUCUGAGACUACUCAAUGAAAUCAUCGCUGAUUUUGACGAGCUCAUGGAUAAAGAUUGCUAUAAGGACAUUGAGAAGAUCAAAACCAUUGGCAGCACGUAUAUGGCAGCUGUGGGUCUAGUCCCCACCAUCGGAACAAAGGACAAAAGAUCUGUCUAUGAUCACCUGAGCACAGUUGCAGACUAUGCUAUUGAGAUGUUUGAUGUGCUGGAUGAAAUCAACUACCAGUCAUACAACGACUUUGUCUUGAGAGUGGGUAUCAAUGUGGGUCCGGUGGUGGCGGGGGUGAUCGGGGCCAGGAGACCUCAGUAUGAUAUCUGGGGGAACACAGUGAACGUGGCCAGUCGCAUGGACAGCACCGGAGUCCCUGGCAAGAUACAGGUAACAGAGGAUGUGUACCGUAUCCUGGGGGAUAACUACGACCUGGUGUGCCGGGGGAAGGUUAGCGUGAAGGGUAAGGGUGAGAUGCUCACCUAUUUCCUGGAGGGCAAGGUCCACAGCGCGGGCUGCGCCACCACCUCCUCCGUGGUGCGCUCUGCCAGCCUGAACCGCCGUGCCCACUCCUGCGGCAAGGCCAGCGUUCCCACCAAACUGGGCAGUGUCAACUCUGUCGCCAGCUUCACAGUUCGCGCCAGCAUGGUUAGCCUCGGUGGCACGGGUAACAGCAGCUCUAGCCCCAGUGUCAAUGUCAGUAUCCACCCCAUGCCAUGCUUGCCCUCACCCUGUGUGCCCACACUGGGAGAGGAGGAUGAAGAAGAGGAGACAGAUGUAGAUGUGGGAGGAGUGGUGGUGGAACGGGUGAAAGAAUUGGCUGUGUAGGGAGGUGGAAAGAAGAAGUGCCGCACUGUUGUAAACUUGAGUUCCAGACCUCCCCGUCCUGGGCUAUCACAUCCGUCAGGAGUCACUGGGGGUACCACUAAAGAUUGAACCAGGGUCUCCUGUGGGUAAAUGGUACACUGGGAUACUGGGACAGCCCACUGCACAAUGGCGGGAUGCUCCUCGAGGAGUUACCUGUCUCUGAGGAUGGUCAGUGCUUCUUCACCUGCAUUGCUUGCUGUUUGGGGUUUUAGGCUGGGUUUCUGUACAGCACUUUGAGAUAUCAGCUGAUGUACG